AUGUCUAAAAAUAGGAAGGCAGGCGAGCCUAACACCAACCAGACGGCGGAAGAGCAGCCCAGGCAGGCCUGGGAAGAGCGUCAACACUGCCCCGCUUGGAAGCGGAGGUUGAGGUCCGAACCCUCUCCCCUGGUGGUGGCGGCCGGUGUCCAUAUAAGGCGGGUCAGCGGUCCCUGCUCUCGGAGCCGCGCGGGCAGGGGCUGCCGAAUCCCGACUACUGGGCACAGCCACAUGGAUCCUCCCGCCGCUUUCUCUGGCUUCCCAGCACUGCCCUCGGUCGCGCCGUCGGGGCCGCCGCCGUCGCCACUCGCUGGAGCCGAGCCGAGGCCGGAGCCCGAGGAGGCGGCCGCGGGCCGCGGAGAGACGGAGUCCGCGCCGGGCCCUGGGCGGCGGCGGCGGCGGCCCCUGCAGCGCGGGAAGCCACCCUACUCUUACAUCGCGCUCAUCGCCAUGGCGUUGGCGCACGCCCCGGGCCGCCGCCUCACGCUGGCCGCCAUCUACCGCUUCAUCACCGAGCGCUUUGCCUUCUACCGCGACAGCUCGCGCAAAUGGCAGAACAGCAUCCGCCACAACCUAACGCUCAACGACUGCUUCGUCAAGGUGCCCCGCGAGCCGGGCAACCCGGGCAAGGGCAACUACUGGACCCUCGACCCGGCAGCCGCCGAUAUGUUCGACAACGGCAGCUUCCUGCGGCGCCGCAAGCGCUUCAAGCGCGCGGAGCUGCCUGCCCUGCCCGCCGCGCCGCCGGGGCCCGGCCCGCUUCCCGCAGAGCCGCUGUUGGCCUUGGCCGGGCCGGCGGCCGCGCUCGGCCCGCUCAGCCCGGGAGGGCCUUACCUGAGGCAGCCGGGCUUCGCGCCGGGGCUGGAGCGCUACCUGUGA